AAGGCGGAAGCGGCGGCGGGAUGGGGCGGUGCGGGGCCGUGCUGCGCCUGGCCCUGGAGGGGAACAUCGCCGUGGGGAAAUCCACCUUCCUGAAGCUGCUGGGUGCCACCUUCCCCGAGUGGCACUUGGUGACCGAACCCGUGGCACAAUGGCAGAAGGUGCCGGCCGGCGGCACGGCGGAGGGGUCUGUGGGCUCCACCAACCUUCUCCAGAUGAUGUACCAGGAGCCGGCUCGAUGGUCCUACACCUUCCAGACCUUCUCCUGCAUCAGCCGGCUGAAGGCCAUGCUGGAGCUGCCGCCCGAGCGGCUCCCCGGGAACCCCCACCCCGUGUGCGUCUUCGAGCGUUCCGUCUACAGCGACAGGUACGUCUUUGCCCAGAACCUCUUUGAGGCCGGGCACCUGCAGCCGCUGGAGUGGGCCGUUUACCAGGACUGGCACGGCUUCCUCCUGCGGCAGCUGGGGCCCCGCGCCGCCCUCCACGGCUUCCUCUACCUGCGGGCGACGCCACAGACGUGCCUGGAGCGGCUGCGGCGGAGGGCGAGGAGCGAGGAGGAGGGGAUCCAGCUGGGGUACCUGCAGCAGCUCCACGCCCAGCAUGAGCGCUGGCUGGUGGAGAAGACCACGGAGGUCCACUUUGCGGACAUGAAGCACGCGCCUGUCCUGGUGCUGGACGUGGACAAGGACUUCGAGCACGACACGGCUCUGCAGGGCGUCCUCAUGGCGCAGGUGGGCGCGGCUGGGGCAGCAUGGAUCGCAGGCACCUCGCUGCCAGGAGCACCGGGACGCGGUCAGAGUCAUGCUGACCUCCAGCCCUCUGCCUCAUCUUCAUUUUUCCAUGGAAAAAACCAAUAAUUUCUACACCCUUGCUCCAAGGUGGUUUAAACCUCAGCCGUCCCGGCGCCAUCCCGGUGCCAGGGUCCUAACCAGCUUCUCCUUGCAGGUGGAGGCUUUUGUGACAGCGCUGUGAGCCGAAGCUUUGCCAUCGUGCCCCGACCCUCUCUGAGCGUGGCAGCAGCGUCCCUGCCCGCUGGUGCCCGCACCGGGGAGAGGGGCAUCACCAGGAAAGGGGCAUCACCACCGUGAGCUCUGGCCAGAGAUCGCGAUGCCGUGGACAAGGGACAAGUCCCGGUCCCCAACUGUCCCCCUCGGCCCUUUUGUUUUGGGCGAGGGGCGUAAUUAAGGCACCGACAGCACCAAAGGGGAUGGUUUUGAGGUGAAUAAUUGGAGGCACAGCCACGUGCCGAGCCUCGGGGCAGUGUGGUGCACUCCCUCCGUGAGCUUGGGGGACCGGGUUGCCGCCGCGCCCCCCUCCCCAUCUCUGGGGCUCCCAGCCGGGGGUGCCGGAGCUGGGGAUGCUCCGUAAGGUGGAUUUAGUGCGCUGGUUAAAUUCCAAUGGGAAAUCAUUGUGGCUCAUGUUUAAGUUAUGCCAACUCCAUGUUUUAUUAUUUUAUACAUUUUUUUUCCCCUUAAAUUAAAAACAAAUGACUUU